AUGUCUGCUGCGAAACGUUUUAAGCGAGAUUUUACGCCACUUGAAACAUUACCAAACGAACUUUUUCUAGAAAUUUUUAGUUACAUAUCUGGCGUAGACACCGUACAUGCCUUUUCAGGUUUGAAUAAUCGUUUUCAAUGUUUAAUUAGUGAUUAUUGUCGUACAUUUAAUUUUGAAUCAAUCAGUAAAGCAAAAUUUGAUUAUAUUAUUCGACAACAGAAUAUUCAUCAAUGGCGAUCAUUACAUCUUUCAGACAAUGACAAAACGCCAGGUCAAGUUGUAUACUUCUUUCGAUUAUUUUCAUUUGUUGAAAAGUACACUCAACUAAAAACAUUAUCCAUUAGUAAUGUCACAUGUAAUAGUUCACUAUUAUUUCUACCAAAGUUAAAAUCAUUCACCCAUCUCGUUAAAUUAUCAAUUGGAUCGAAACUUCCACUGGAAAGUCUUCAGCAUACUAUUGAACAUCAUUGUACUCAUGAACAUGAUUUAAUAUGGCCAAAAGCUUUAAAACAAUUGAAAGUAUUCAUUACACAACCAGGUGAUAAUAGUAUCGUACGUACAUCCUUGAAAGAUUUAUCCGAAUUAAUCAGUCUUACAAUAUAUGAUGGUGCAUGGGAAAAUCCACCACCUGACGGACGAAUAUGGGAAGAUUUAAUCGUUACAUCAAUGCCAUUAUUAAAUAAAUUCGAAUUUUGUUUUAAAUUUUGGCGGGAUUUUAGUGUAACAAGUGAUAAAAAUCGAAUUAUAUCAACAUUUUCAACUCCAUUUUAUUUACAAGAUAAAUCAUGGUUUGUUCAAUGUGAUACUUAUCAUCAACAAUUCAGUAUUGCUAUUCUCUAUUCUUUACCAUUUGCAUUUCAACACUUUGAUAUUGUUACACAUUCAUUCGAAGAUAGUAUUUCAACUGUUAAUACGAAUAAUUUAUUAAAAAAAUCAUAUGAAAAUGUUAAACAAUUAACAAUUGAUAUACCAUGUGAAAAUCUUAAUGACACAAUCAUUUCAAAAAAUAUUAUUGAUUUAAAUUUAAAAUUUGCUGGUAUGUCAGGAAAAUGGAUAUUUUCAUUUACGCGAAUAUAUCAAUUAACAUUGGGAAAUCAAAUAAAUAUAUCACCGGAAGAAUUUACACGUUUACUUAAAUAUUCUCCUUAUUUAAAAUCAUUAGUAGCAUCGUAUUAUACAUUACAAUUAGUAACAAAUCAAUGGAAUGAUAAAAUUAUCUGUGAAUUAUUAUCGCGUAAAAUUCGAUCAUUAAAAAUAUCGUCAGAUAAUUGUUUAGAUGAAUAUAUGAAAGUACAUGAACUUCUACCAAUUACACGAGUUUUUCAUAAAGGUUGUUAUCAUUUAAAUAUUUCUGUUUAUUCGAGAAAUAUUGUAGCAGGAUUAGUUUUGAGAUCUAUGGGACAUUUACGAAGUUUAAAAGUUCGUUUAAAAGAACAUACUAAUGAUAUGAAGAUUACCAAAGAAUGGUUAAUAAAACAAAAUACAAAAUUCGAAAAACUAGAUUGUUUUAUUACUAUAGAUGGAAAUGAAUAUUCAUUUUGGUUCGGUCGUCUUCGAUAA